AGCCCCUCGUGGCUUGCCUUCUCAGCAGCUGCUCCCCUUCCAAUGCGCGGCUUGGCUUCUCCUCCUUGCAGUUUGGACCAGAGACCCCGCAGUUGACGCCAUGGACCCAUCAACCUGCGAGGGCUCCUCAGGGGGCAGAACCUUCAUUGAGGAAGUCACUGAGUACCUCCGGCACAGAGCGGGUAGGGAAGAUCUGCGUUUGCUGUUGGCUGAAGAUGGAGCCUGGGAGGCCUUCGUGGCUGAGGCUGAGUUGUCCAGAGCUGAUGCAGACACAUUGCGUGAUGCUCUCAAUGCCCUCACAGCAAACAUGGCUGAGGAAGACCAAGACAGGUUCCAACAUGACUUGCAGGACACGGAGAGUUUUGUGGAUAUGUUUCCUCAGGCGAAACUGGAACUCGAGGGGCACAUCAGGAAGCUCCAGGUCCUUGCAGACAAGGUUGACAAGGUACACAGGGACUGCACCAUCUCCAAGGUGGUGGCCGGCUCCACCAGCACUGUUUCUGGAGUCCUGACCCUCCUUGGCCUUACUCUGGUACCUGUGACAGCUGGGGCCAGUCUGGUGCUCUUGGCAACGGGGAUGGGCUUGGGAGCAGCAGCGGCUGUGACUAGUGUCUCCACUGGUAUUGUGGGCUACACUAGUGAGUCAUCAGCCAAAACGAGAGCCAGCCACCUGAUGUCAGCCAGCAUGGUCAAAGUGAAGAAGGUUGCAGAGGCUCUGGUUCAUUCAGGGCCCCAAGCCUACGAGUUGUCUGAGAAUUGCUGCCGAGUCCUGCGAUGCCUUCAACAGAGCAUCUGUGUCAUCAAGCUCACCGAAGCCAACCCUGCGUUAGCAGCCAGUGCCAAACACCUUCUGACCAUAGAGAGCAUCUCUGCCCAAAGUGACAAUCAAGUGAAGAAAGCCUUUAGUGGCACUGCUCUGGCAACGAGCAGAAGAGACUGGGUCAUGAAUGUAGGCACAACAGGUGUGUCCCUCACUGGGGAUGUGGUUGGCCUUGUGAAAGAAUCCAAGCGUUUGCACAAGGGGACAAAAGCGAAGUCAGCUGAGGAGUUGAGGAAGCAGGCUCAGGAGCUGGAGGGGAAAUUGAAGAUGCUCAUCCAGAUCUAUGACAGUUUGCAGUCAGGCUCAACUCAGUAACAUGCUUCCUCCCCAAAGCAGUGCAGAAGUCUGGGGAGGUGUUUGGGGCAGAGACAGGGCCAUGUUAAGAGGAAAUCAAGCCCCUCUAGCAAGGUGUUCAGGACUCAGACAUCUCUUCUUUUAUUUUUUCUUUUAUUCUUUUUGGUUUCUCGAGACAGGGUUUCUCUGUGUAGCUUUGGAGCCUAUCCUCGCAAUCGCUUUGUA